AUGGAGGCCUGGUUAUGUGUGGAGGCACAUUACUGUCAAUCCCUUUGGUUCAUGACCACACCGGGAGUCUGCGUUCAUGAUGACGGCAUUUGGUUACUGUGGAACUUACGCGGGGUUGCACAAGUGGACAUCGAGAGUAAACCAGGUCAGAAUUUGCAGAAUCCAAUUUUUCUAGAUGAUACUAACUCUGAUGUGUUGUUGGAAGAUGUCAUGGAGGAUGGUUUUGAAGUCCAGCAGCAGGUUCAAAGCCCAAUCCAAGAAGAUCCACUUUCUAUGGGACCGAAUGGUAUGGAUGACGAUCAUGAGUCAGAUGUGGACUCAUGCGUCGACUCCAACUAA